AUGAGAGUUACGAGCACAUCUUGCAUCUGUCCAGUCCUAGUGUGUCUCUGUUUUGUGCAGAGGUGUUAUGGAACUGCUCACCACAGCUCCAUCAAGGUGACCAGAAACCAAACAAAACACAUUGAAGGUGAAACCGAAGUCCACCAUCGCCCCAAAAGGGGAUGGGUAUGGAAUCAGUUCUUUGUUUUAGAAGAACACAUGGGACCAGAUCCACAAUAUGUUGGCAAGCUGCACUCCAAUUCUGACAAAGGUGAUGGCUCUGUCAAGUACAUACUUACUGGAGAAGGUGCCGGGACCAUAUUUAUUAUUGAUGAUACCACGGGUGACAUCCACUCAACAAAAAGCCUGGACAGAGAGCAGAAGACCCACUAUGUGCUUCAUGCGCAGGCUAUUGACAGAAGGACAAACAAACCUCUGGAACCUGAAUCUGAGUUCAUCAUCAAAGUACAAGACAUCAACGACAACGCUCCAAAGUUCACAGAUGGACCAUACAUCGUUACUGUGCCUGAAAUGUCAGAUAUGGGUACCUCUGUUCUACAGGUGACAGCUACUGAUGCAGAUGACCCCACCUAUGGAAAUAGUGCUCGAGUAGUAUACAGUAUUCUCCAGGGGCAGCCAUACUUCUCGGUAGAUCCUAAAACAGGAGUCAUUAGAACUGCCUUACAUAACAUGGACAGAGAAGCCAGAGAACACUACUCAGUGGUGAUUCAAGCCAAAGACAUGGCUGGACAAGUUGGAGGGCUUUCAGGGUCAACGACUGUCAACAUCACUCUGACCGACGUCAAUGACAAUCCACCACGGUUUCCUCAGAAGCACUAUCAACUGUAUGUUCCUGAGUCAGCUCAAGUUGGUUCGGCUGUUGGGAAAAUCAAGGCCAAUGAUGCCGACACAGGCUCAAAUGCUGACAUGACAUAUUCCAUCAUAAACGGUGAUGGUGUUGGAGUUUUCUCCAUCUCCACUGACAAAGAGACCAGAGAAGGGAUCCUUUCCUUAAAGAAGCCAUUGAACUAUGAGAAAAAGAAAUCAUACACCCUCAACAUAGAAGGAGCAAACACACAUCUUGACUUUCGCUUUUCUCACUUGGGUCCUUUUAAAGAUGCCACCGUGCUGAAGAUAAUCGUUGGGGAUGUUGACGAAGCACCACUAUUUUCCAUGCCUUCCUAUGUCAUGGAAGUCUAUGAAAAUGCCAAGAUUGGAACUACUGUUGGCACAGUGUUGGCUCAAGAUCCCGACAGUGCUAAUAGCCUAGUAAGGUACUUCAUCAACUAUGAUUCUGAAGAUGAAAGAUUUUUUAACAUUGAUGCCAAUACUGGAACCAUUAAGACUACAAAAGUUCUUGACAGAGAGGAAACUCCAUGGUACAACAUCACAGUUGCUGCCUCAGAAAACGACAAUCCUGGUUUGCUGAGCCAUGUCACAGUGGGUAUUAGAGUUCUGGAUGUCAAUGACAAUCCACCCGAACUUGCCAGGGAAUAUGAUAUUGUUGUCUGUGAAAAUGCUAAGCCCGGCCAGGUUAUUCAUACCAUCAGUGCCACCGAUAAAGAUGACUUUGCCAAUGGACCAAGGUUUAACUUCUUUCUUGAUGAGCACCUGCCUGUAAACCCAAACUUCACCCUUAAGGACAAUGAAGAUAACACAGCCAGCAUUCUGACAAGGCGGAGGAGAUUUAGUCGAACUAUUCAGGAUGUGUAUUAUCUGCCCAUUAUGAUCUCUGACGGUGGAAUCCCCUCUCUCAGCAGCAGCAGCACCCUUACCAUCAGGGUUUGUGCAUGCGAGAGAGAUGGGCGUGUGCGGACCUGCCAUGCGGAAGCCUUCCUCUCCUCGGCUGGUCUGAGUACAGGAGCCUUAAUUGCUAUUCUUCUCUGUGUUGUCAUUCUCCUGGCUAUUGUCGUGCUUUUCAUCACCCUGAGGCGCGGCAAGAAGGAGCCCCUGAUCAUCUCUGAGGAGGACGUGCGGGAGAACGUGGUCACCUACGACGACGAGGGCGGCGGGGAGGAGGACACGGAGGCCUUCGACAUCACAGCCCUGAGGAACCCUUCGGCCGCCGAGGAGCUCAGGUACCGCAGGGACAUCCGCCCCGAGGUGACGCUCGCCCCCAGGCACCAGGCGACGUCCGCCCUGGAGAGUGUAGACGUCCGGGAGUUUCUGAAGCAAAGACUGGCAGAAGCAGACCUGGACCCCAGCGUGCCCCCUUAUGACUCGCUUCAGACUUACGCCUACGAGGGCCAGAGAUCCGAAGCCGGGUCCAUCAGCUCGCUGGACUCGGCCACGACGCAGUCGGACCAGGAUUACCACUACCUUGGAGACUGGGGACCCGAGUUUAGGAAGUUAGCUGAACUCUAUGGAGAAAUAGAAUCUGAAAGAACAACUUAG